UUGGAUUUUGCACCUGCUCCAUUGCUGCACAACUAAUGGCCUAGCUCUUCAUUUUAAGGUGAUAGGUGCCUGGAAAUGGAUGCAACAGAAUACCUGAUUAAAGUGCUGUCAAGGUUUCGAAUAAGUGACUUCCCCAAGUUACUGAAAUCCUGGGAUUUUCUGUCUGCAAGUCAACUUCAGGAAAUAAACUUCAAGGAGUAUACACGAAAAGACCUAAUUUUGGAGAUAGCUGCACUCUGUGAGGGCAAUGGAGUAACCCUAAAUCAGAUAGCAGAAUUGGAUACGAUUUAUUAUUGUACAUACCCUCAGAAGAAAAGAUGGAGUUCCUACCAAAUGUUUGGGUCAAAAGGUGGUGAGAAAGCAACUUUAUUUGAUUUUGGACACUUCAAAAAAACAUUUGAAAGAAAUCUCAAAAUGCUCAUUAGAAAAGUCAUGGUCAACUUUUUGGAACAUGGGGAAGCAGUUUGGAUCCGAAUUGCAUGGGGCAAACAUCACUCCCCUCCUAACCAGCAACGGGCUGCCUAUGCAGUGUACUACCCACAUACCCCUUAUGUUUUCAUGGCUAAUAUUGUUGCACAGUACAGGGUGUAUCUUUCUCAGGCACUGGUUGUUGCUACCGAGCAUAACAUGCUCAAAGAAUUGGAUCUACGAGGACGUUGUUUGGACUCCCUUCGAGACAUUACUCUUAAAAGAUUUAAUCCGGCACUUUCUAUGCACCACAGGAAAGCACUCCAACAGAUAAAUACCAAUCAGGAAUCUGUACAAGAUCAGAGGAUCAUCAUAGAAAAUCUGAGAGAGAAGGAAGAUGCCAAAAGAUUAACAUUUGCAACUUUUGGUGAAGGAUCGCUCCCAAAACUGGAGGAGGUUCAUUACAGAUUACAAACUGUUUUUAAGGAUGAACACAACAUGGGGCUCUUAUCAGACAGAAGAAAACCAUUCCGAUGUGUGGCAAAGUUUUCCAGUCCAAAUAUCCUUGAGUCAUUGAGAGCACUUCCAGCACUUGGGAUUGCUGAUGUUCCCAUUUCAACCAUGUUCAGCAGUAUACCAGAAAAGGGAAAGAAUUAUUUCAAAAUAAUGGAUAAAAGGACGGGUGGACCGAAUACAUCAGGCCCUUAACUUUAUAGUCCAAGGACAUUCUGUAAAUACUUGUAUGUUUCCUGUGGAAAACUCUUGCCUCUUCAAUUAUGUAAUGAAGCUUUAGAUUUUCCCCAUGUCUAUUGACAAAUUUUUUGCACAGUGUGAAUGUGACAUUGUUAAUGUUACUUCCUAAAAUUAAUCUUCACUUUAUCAGAAGCAAUUCAUAUAAUCCCAUCUUUGCAAAGUUUAAUAAAAAAAAACAUUUGACAUAAUGUCUCUUGAAUAAAAUUAGGAACUUUAUACAUUUCUAUGUCAUUUUGUUUUAUACUUUCUAGGUUCCCAUGUACAGGAAUGGGGAAAUUAAGCAGGACAGUGAUGCCCCUGCAGUGUUAGAUUUGGUAAUGCCAAUUGUAGAUCCACAAGUGCAUAAUGGCAUUAUUUGAGAAAUGUGAAAGAAUUUGGCAUCCUUAGAAUCUGACCCUUCAAGGUGCUAAAUUGGUGGUUAAUAACUUUGAUUAAACAACACCCUAUGAUGUCUUUCUUCCCAUCUGUUCCCUACAGUCUACUCCAGGUUCAUGUUCUUGCUUUAAAAUUGUUACAACUGGUUUUAAAUAUGUUAUUAUGUGGGAGGUGUCUUCAGACUAAAAUGCCGCUUUACUGAGCAGUCUUGAUUUGUAAGAGGUUAUACGGUUGUGCCUUUACAGUUUGAAAAAGUUUGUACGUUACCCCAUGAAAAUUUCCCUUUCAGAUACUAGUUUCAAACAAAUGUCUCUAUGCCAUCUGGGCUUGCAUUUUUUUAAAGAAAGAAAUGCAAGAGGUGUUUUAAUUUAGAUAUUGAGAUCAUUACUUCUUUGCAACUGUUAUAGUUGUACUUCUGUUUUUUUUUUCAAAAUGUUCUUCAGUUCCCUGUCUUCUAGCCCUCUUCCUACUGAAACCGUUUUUAUUUUGCUGCUUCUACUGUUUGUCUUCAUGAUUACCAAAAGGUUGCUUACUCUAUCUAAGAGUAUGACUGACUGAUUUCUACCUUACACAUGCCUUAUGUACUACAACAUGUGGAAAUUUCAAGUGGUGAUUAAUAUUCCAACCAGCCUAACUGAACAAUGUUGCACUCUAAAUUUUGGGAGAGUGAAUCAAAGCUUCAUUUUGGUGAAUUUAACCUUUAAUUUAAGACCAGGUUAGUGGAUUAAAUGAGAAAAUGGUUCAAUGUGGAUCUUCCAAUUGCACACUGUCAGAUUCCUAUAUCUAAGUGGGUUGUAAUCUAAUGUUUAAUAAAUCUCUUUCAAAUCUGCAACUGGGAAGAAUUGAGAAGCCACUAGGUUUGAGAACAUGCUGAAUAUACUCUUGCAAUAUUUUGUUGUAGAUCUUUUGAAACAAAAUCCACUUAAUUCUUAGUUGGCAAGAAAGCCAGUUUCCCAUAAAUGAUUUUCUAACCAUGUAUCAAGUUUGAGUUAGAAUGUUAGGUGAGCAUUUGGUUAAAUCGCUGUUUUAUGUAUCAUUUAGAAUUAACUUAAUGUAAGACAAAUUGCACUCUCAUCUGCCAAGUUGCAUUUUAUGCAAAUAAUAAUUCACUUUUU